AUGGUUUGCAUUUCGCGGAAUGCUGACAAAGGUUCACCGUCGUACACGGGAACGAGCCGAGUUGAUAUGGUUGAGAUCGAGUUCGACAUCGUCGCCGCUGCCCUCUCUUCGCCAGUUUGGUCCUGCCCAUUGCAGACUGCCGAUGAAAGCUACAGCUUCGUCGAAGAGCUUGUUCUAUCCGACGCAACUCUGCAGUGGCUGGCGGAAGAUCCUGAGGAGGAGCUUGAAGACUAUGAAGUACCCCUCGGACUCUCCGACCAAAUCGAGUCGACUGCCGAUUUCCGUCUCGAUGAGCUCGUCGGAACAGGGAGCACUGUCUGACCACCUCGAGAUCAACCAUGGGCUACGCGUUCAUCUACUCCGGAGCCGCGAUCGCCUGGUGCUCGAAACGCGAGCACAGGGUGGCCAAGUCGACCACAGACGCUGAGUACCAACUCCCCCUCCGUCAUCGACAUCGACCCAACGCCAAAACAUCGAUGUCUCAGCCAUCGGCUCCAUCACUCUCACACGAGAGCAAUAUGAAGAGCUGGUCAGGAACCAACGAACCCGCGACGAAGAGGCCCCCACGCCACGUCACCUCCUUCCGCCGAACGCACCAGCGGCCUUCCCCGAGGACUCCAAGCUGAAAGGGGACAACUAUGUCGACUGGGACCUCACCAUGUCACUUACUGUCGCUCGGGAGGUUUGGGCUACUUGCGCCGAGGGACGAUCGACCCCACGUGGACUCCCACGGUGCGCUCGCGCUGGCAAGACUACGCGUCGCACGUACUCGCGUGCUCGUUGGUUCCUGACCAGCUCUUCAUAUUGCUCUCGUGUGAGAGUGAUGGAGCCGAUGGCUGA